GGACUCUCCCUCAAACUCGGACUCUUCCUUCCCACUUUUCUUCCUUUCUUCCUUCCUUGCUUCCUUGCUUCCUUCCUCCCCCCCUUCCCCACUGCCUGCCUUCAUUCGAGUCUCGCUCGUCCUCCUCCUGCUGCUGCUGCCCUCGCUUGCUUCUGCUGCUCUCUGUACUUGCUACAAUCCUAGCACGUCUUUGCGCCUCUUCGUUUUCCACUUUGCGUUGUCCAGUCGUUGGGCUUCCGGAAACGAGAGUGUUGCCAUCGUAUCGGCUGCUGCUGCUGCUGCUGCCGUCCAGUCGGGGGAUGUGGUCGAGUGUCUGUUAGCGUCUGCGGGUAGCUAGGACAGUCUAGCCCCUCAGAGAGAAAGAGAGAGAGAAGAGAGCUCAUUGGGGUCGGAGACGGAUGCUCGAUGCUGGUGCGCGCCGGAGAAGUAUAUAGACUCGUGACUGUUUGAUUCAGACUUGAUCUCGAUAGCGCAGCAGGUGGUGGGCGGGCGCUUACAGACACAGACAGCGCUUCUUCGCAGAGGAUUGGUUGCGCCCACGGAGAAACAACGAGAGAAACGUUGAUGUGCAUCUGUUGGCCUGCCUGCGUGCCAGAGGCGCUCUAGAGGCGCAGAGAGUGGGGUGGCGGCGCCGGGCGAGGGGGCGGGGCGGAGGCGCAAAUGGGGCGCGGAGGCGUGCAUUGAUGUGCAGCGGGGCGAGGGCGGGGCGAGGCCGGGUGGACAUGUCACACGCCAUGAGUGGUACGACAUUCCUGGCCAAGCGACUCGGCAGGCGCGGGAGGAUGGGAUCUUGCAAUGGUCUGGUCAUAAAGGUUGCUUUCCGAUGAGUUGAGGGCUCAUUUUCUCGUUCUUCUUCGUCUUCUCCAGGUCGCCGCCGCCGCAGCUGCUGCUGCUGCUCCCGCAGCCGAGCGCCGAGGGAUGUGCUUGUGAUCCGGGGCGGGCGACAAUCGAUUCGGCAGGGCUGGAUUGGAGGCUAAAGCUGGGGCAUGAACGGCAAGGACAGCGAGCUAGUCGCAGCAUAGGAGCGAAGCGCAAGCGGAGUUCAGGAUUUGGAAGUAGUGGUAGCCUAGUCAAAGUGGAUUGUGACGAGGAAGGAGGAGGGGGAGAGAUGCCCUCUCCCUUUCCUGACGAGGUUCUGGAGCACGUGCUAGUUUUUCUGCAGUCGCACAAAGAUAGGAACUCAGUGUCAUUAGUUUGUAAAGCUUGGUUCAAGGCUGAGAAAUGGAGCAGGCAUCGGGUUUUUGUAGGCAACUGCUACGCCGUGUCGCCCCAGAUGGUUAUAAAUCGAUUUUCGAAAUUGAACUCUCUGCACAUCAAGGGCAGGCCUCGAUUCGCCGAUUUCGGCCUCGUGCCCCACCAUUGGGGCGCAUACAUUUCGCCCUGGGUCACGGCGCUGGCCCAAUCGUGCCCUUGGUUCGAGGAGCUCCGAUUGAAGCGAAUGACCGUCUCGGAUGACAGCUUAUUGAUGAUCGCGCAAUCUUUCCCGAACUUCAAGUCCCUAAUCCUUACGAGCUGCGACGGCCUCAGUACCGACGGCCUCGCUUACAUAACCAGCAGCUGCAGGCAUUUAGAGAGGUUAGAUCUGGAGGAGAAUGAAAUUGAGCCGCGAGGAGGAGAGUGGUUGAGUUGCUUCCCGGACAAUCACACGUCUUUGGUGUCGCUGAAUUUUGCAACCGUGGAUAGCGCCAUAGAUUUUGACGCCCUGGAGGCGCUGGUGGAGAGGUCCAAAAACUUGAGGAGCUUGAAAGUUCACAGGGAAGUGAACCUCGAGCAACUGAAUCGGCUGCUGGCGCGAGCCCCGAAUCUGGUGGAACUGGGAUCGGGCUCGUACACGCAACUGCUCAAGUGGGGUCAAUAUUCCGAAUUGUCCAGCGCUCUCGGCAGAUGCAAGCAGCUGCGCAGUCUCUCCGGAUUCUGGGAGGUGGAGCCCGUCUACCUCCCGUCUCUCUUCGCAGUGUGCGCCAAUUUGACGAGUCUCAACCUCAGCUACGUCCUCCUCCACACCACCGAGCUCGUGAAACUCAUACCCUACUGCCAAAACUUGGAGCGCCUCUUGGUGCAAGACUACGUCGGAGACAAAGGUCUGCAGGCAGUGGCGGUGAGCUGCAGGAAUCUGCAGGAGCUGCGAGUGUACCCGUCGACGGCCGAAGGGUUCGUGACGGAGGAGGGGCUGAUAGCGAUCUCGGAGGGGUGCCCGAACCUGAUGAAGAUUCUUUAUUUUUGCAAGUCGAUGACCAAUGCAGCAGUCAUAACUUUCGCCAACAAACUCCCUAAUUGUACUCACUUCCGAUUGUGUAUAUUGACGCCGGGGCAACCGGAUUGCGUCACGAACGAGCCCAUGGACAAGGGGUUCGGAGCAGUGGUGCAGAACUGCAAGAAGCUCACUCGGCUGGCUGUCUCGGGGCAGCUCACCGACAGGGCCUUCGAGUACUUCGGCAUGUACGGGAAGAAGCUGGAAACCAUCUCCAUCGCCUUCGCCGGGGACAGCGACCGGGGCCUGGAAUACGUGCUCAAGGGGUGUCCCAACUUGCGCAAGCUUGAAAUUCGAGACUGCCCUUUCGGAGAUGACGCCCUGCUGUCGGGCGUGCAUCGCUACGAGCAGAUGAAAUCUAUGUGGAUGUCUGCGUGUAAGGUUAGUCGUAACGGGGCCGUCUGGCUAGCCAAGUCGAAACCGUCUUUGAACGUGGAGAUUAUAAAAGAGAAUACGGAUGAUGAUCCUGCUAAUGUGCUCAAUGUCGAGAAGCUGUACCUGUACCGGACUUUGGUGGGCCGACGAUCCGAUGCCCCCGACUUUGUCGAAAUAGCACAAUGACAUGAAGAACCAAUUGUCAAAUUGCUGCCUCUUUCCUUGGUUAACUUUGUGAUUUCCUCUCUACCGCCCUUCGGUUGCCAGCUACUUUAAAUUGAAACGCAAGUCUCUGUUUAGAUUGGAGUGUCUUUCUACCAGUUGAAGGAUUUGAUUUUGUAAAUAAUAGUAUCCUAUUUUCUGGACGAAGGGAGAGAUGUAGCAUUCUCGUUAUUGAGUGGGCCUCUCGGCUGAUCCCGUCAGCCUCAGCCGGCUUCUUUCAUGUGUAACUGUGUCAGACUUGUCAUACUAGGGGGCCUGAUCUGGUCGACCCGAGCUCCUUCGGCGAGCUGGUCGAAUAGAGUGCUGAAUGUUGAGACCGCCAUAACUGCCGUUUUAAGCACUAGUCUGUACUUGCGAGAAGCGAUGAUGCAUGAUCAUCCGCACUCGAGCACAGGAAGGGUAAAUUGUGCCCACCCGUUGUCGGAUGUUACAUUGUGGUGUUCACGACCACUUAAAAAACUUUUUUGGGCAAUUAUCUACAAUUUCUUG